UCAAUAUACAACCCCCCAAGGCGCCGCGGUGACUUUGUUAUCCUAAUCGCCCAGACGAACCGGAGCGACGCUGUCCACACAUCCCCGAACACAGCACACCGCAAACCCCCAAGCAUGGGUCACCUCUGGCAGAAAAUCCUACCCUGGUCCAAGAAGCCACCGGAACGCAAGGCGCACAUACAAGCCUUUAUCGACCAGACGACGGCGGCGGAGCAGGAGCGGCAGGAGGCCGAGGCGAGGCGGCAGCGACGAGACCUAUCCAGGGAAGAAGCAUCACCGCCAGGGUGCCAAGGCGGCUUGACGGACCACGAGCAGGCGCGGUGCGAGCGGUGCGGCGGCAGGCGGCCGGCCGGGCCCCCCAUGCGGGCAAAGACGGCGACCGAAAACGCCCAAGAUCCGACGCGGGCCUACUGCGAGUACGGACGAUCUUGGACGUUUCCGGAAGCCCUCCCACCUCGGACCGGACCGAAAAGCGGGAUCCUGGGCAUGUUCUGUCCCCGGAGGGCGAUGAAGAAGCGACAGCAGCAGCAGCAGCAGCAGCAGCAGGGAGGAGGAGUGUCAGGACGGAAUAAUGCGAACACAUACUGGAGCCGGCCAAACAGCAACACGAACUCGGUACCGCAAAGGAAGGUCGAGGUUCUCAAGGAGAAGGCCAGAUGA